AUGAGAAUUUUGAAACCACUCCCAGCAAGUUCUUGUAUCUCGUUUUUAGUUCUAUACUUUACUUUAUACACCGUCACACAAACUUCUUCAACCUCUCUACAAGAUGAAUUCAUCAGCUGUCUCCACAGACACACAAAUGUCCAUUUCCCACUUGAGAAAACGUUCUUCACUCCCGAAAGAAACGCCUCGGUCUUCAUCGAAGUUCUUGAAUCCACGGCUCAAAAUCAACGGUACUUGACCAAGGCAAUGCCUAAACCGAAAUUCAUAUUCAAACCGGUUCACGAGUCUCACGUCCAAGCUUCCAUCAUCUGUUCCAAGAAACUCGGAAUUCAUGUUCUUGUUAGAAGCGGCGGUCACGAUUACGAAGGCGUGUCUUAUGCUUCACAGCUCGAAAAAUCGUUUAUAAUUAUUGAUAUGUCGAAGUUGAGAAAGAUCGAUGUCGAUAUUGAAGAUAAUAGUGUUUGGGUUCAAGCUGGUGCUACGAUUGGUGAGCUUUACUACAGAAUUUCAGAGAAGAGCAUGAUUCAUGGAUGUCCUGCGGGUAUAUACCCAACCGUAGGCAUAGGUGGGCAUAUUACAGGCGGUGCAUACGGUUCCUUGAUGCGCAAGUUUGGUCUUGCUGCAGACAACGUCCUAGACGCAAAGAUCGUUGAUGCCAAUGGUAAAUUACUCGACCGAACCACGAUGGGCGAGGAUCUUUUUUGGGCGAUAAGAGGAGGCUCUGGAGGGAGUUUCGGGAUCAUUUUAUCAUGGAAGAUCAAGCUUGUUCCCGUUCCUAAAACCCUAACCGUCUUCACGGUCACCAGAACAUUAAAGCAAGAUCCAGGAACCAAGAUCCUUUUGAAGUGGCAACGAAUCGCGGAUAAGCUUGUUGAAGAGCUCUUCUUACGAGUGUUCUUCACCAUAGCUGGAAACAAAGGAAACAAGACUGUAGCGAUGUCAUACAUAGGUCAGUUUCUUGGCAAGAAAGACACCUUGAUGGAGGUAAUGCACAAGGAGUUUCCAGAACUAGGGCUAACUCAAAAGGAUUGUAUAGAAAUGAGCUGGAUCGAAUCCAUAAUUUACCACGGUGGAUUCACAACCACAGGCCCUUUUCCUCCUCCUAAGGUUUUGCUUCAAGCGAAAUCACCUAUCGGAGAAGUCUACUUCAAGGCGAAAUCGGAUUACGCCAAAGAACCUAUUCCUGUUUUAGGGCUCAAAGGGAUGUUCAAGAAGAUGCUCGAAGAAGACGCAGCGUUAGUGAUUUGGACUCCUUACGGUGGAAUGAUGGAUAAAAUCCCUGAAUCUGAGAUCCCAUUUCCGCAUAGAAGAGGAACCAUCUUCAUGAUUCAGUAUUACAGGAGCUGGACAGACAGUGAGAAGAGACCGGACAUGCGUAUCAAAUGGAUCAGAGAGCUCUACAGUUACAUGACGCCUUAUGUCUCAAGAAAUCCAAGACAAUCGUAUGUGAACUACAGAGAUCUAGACCUGGGAACGAACAAGAUAAACGCGAACUUCGAAGAAGCUCACGUCUGGGGAACUAAGUACUUCAAAGACAACUUCUACAGAUUGGUGAAGAUUAAAACAAUGGUUGAUCCAAAGAACUUCUUCAGACAUGAGCAGAGUAUCCCACCUAUGAUGUUUCGUAGCUAA